UGGGCUGGGCAGUCAGGAAACAUGAGAAGGCCUCGCUAUUCCUGUUCCCGGGCCGCGCGCGCCCGUCCGGGUAAAUAAAGCCGCGACGCUGGCGGUGGCGGCGGUGAGCGCGCCGGAGCCCGCGCGGAGAACAUGCGGCGGGGAUGGGAGCGCGCCUAGCCUCGACGCGGGAGAGCCAGCCGCUCUGCCGCCGGCCGCGGGCCCCACCGCGACAGAACCCGAGCCCUGCGGAGCUCCUGGCGGCCCGGUCCCAAGGCGCUGCGGCCGCGCCGCGCGCCCUUGCCUGCCCGCGCCAUGAACACGAUCGUCUUCAAUAAGCUCAGCGGCGCUGUGCUUUUUGAGGACCGCGGGGCUCCGGAGCGGGAUCGGGGCGGCCGGCCCUACGGCGGCGUCCUGGACAGUCCCCACGCUCGCCCCGAGGUGGGCAUUACGGACCGCCCGCCCCUCAAGGACAACCUGGGCCUGAGACACCGGAGGACCGGGGCCCGGCAGAACGGCGGGAAGGUGCGGCACAAGCGGCAGGCCCUGCAGGACAUGGCGCGACCCCUGAAGCAGUGGUUGUACAAGCACCGCGACAACCCGUAUCCCACCAAGACCGAGAAGAUUCUCCUGGCGCUCGGCUCGCAGAUGACGCUGGUGCAGGUGUCAAAUUGGUUUGCUAAUGCAAGACGUCGGCUUAAGAAUACUGUUCGACAGCCAGAUUUAAGCUGGGCCUUAAGAAUAAAGUUAUACAACAAGUAUGUUCAAGGGAAUGCUGAGCGGCUCAGUGUGAGCAGUGAUGACUCCUGUUCUGAAGAUGGAGAAAACCCUCCACGAAACCACAUGAAUGAUGGAGGCUAUAAUAAUCCAGUUCACCAUCCCGUGAUUAAAAGUGAGAGCUCAGUCAUAAAGGCUGGAGUCCGGCCAGAGUCACGAGCCAGUGAGGACUACGUAUCACCCCCCAAAUACAAGAGCAGCUUGUUGAAUCGUUACCUUAACGACUCUUUGAGACACGUCAUGGUCACAAAUGCGGCCAUGAUGGGAAAGACAAGGCAAAGAAACCAUUCGGGAUCUUUUAGUUCCAAUGAGUUUGAGGAGGAGUUGGUAUCUCCCUCGUCGUCAGAAACGGAAGGCAACUUUGUCUAUCGCACAGACACUCUGGAAAAUGGAUCUAGUAAGGGUGACAGUGCAGCUACUAGAAAGGGACCGAGCAAGGAUGACACGUACUGGAAGGAGAUCAAUGCAGCCAUGGCCUUAACCAAUCUCGCGCAGGGAAAGGACAAGCCGCAGGGAACCACCAGCUGCAUCAUCCAGAAGUCAUCCCACAUUGCGGAAGUGAAGACAGUCAAAGUGCCCCUGGUUCCGCAGUUUUAAGAGUUUGUCACUUUUCAGAUGGAUGGCUGUUCUUCCCAUCAGUGUUUUUUUUUUUCAUAAACCCUGAUCCUUAAAGCUGGAGCAGGAGUGACAAUGACUCCCUCUCAAACCUCUUCUUAUUUUUAAUUAUCCUAAAUGUAUCAUUUAGUUGCUUCUAUAAAAGACAUAUAAAUUAUAAAACUCCACUUUAAUCGAAAAUAUUAACUUAUUUUAUGUUACUCCAAGUAUGCGUAAAAUGUCUGUGUUGCCGUUACAGUAAGUGCCUUGCUUCUUGAAAAUAAGUUACAACGUGGGCACAGCAGAGCAGCAGUGCCUCAAAAUAAUAGCACCACAAUGCUUACUAAACUGUGAGCUUCCUUCUGGAUGGACCUGCCUCCGGUGCCAGGACUGAAACCAAAACUGCUGAACACCUUGAAAUGUGUUCACUAGUUCACAUGUUAAAGCUUGGAAAUCUCUUCAGCCCAAAUGAAAUGUUCCUUAAAAAAAAAAAAAUCUGCAAUAUUUAAAAUUGUUCGAUGUGCUUUGCAGAGUGACAGUGAGAAUUUUAUGCAUGUAUCCUGCCUGGAUAUCUGGUGGGUUACAAACUUCCGAAAGGAAAGGCUUGGGAAUGACAUAAUGUAUACGUUCACGGAAAAUGGCAGUGUAUGCGAUCAGAAAAAUAAGUCUUUAAGCACUGCUGGAAAACACCAUGAUGCUCUUUAGAAUUGAUUUGGAUUUUUUUCUCAAGUUUUGCCGAAGUUUUCAAAAACUUCAUUAUCUAAGUAACUCAAAAUUUUCCUGUGUAAAACUCAAUUUAUAAUUUAGUUUUAAAACAUAAUCCCAUUUGCAUUAGAGUUCAGUGUUUUUUGUGGUGGAAACUUUUUCAUAUGGAAUAACUCUUUUUCAUAUGGAAAAAACCUCUUAUUUGGUUCAUUUCAAAUCACAAUUGCUGAUGGGCAACUUACACUGCAUUGAGAACAAGGCAAUAAAAGAAAUGGAUCUCUGUGCUUUUACAUAUACACACAACAUUGAUUUUUAAAUUUAAAACAUAUGGAAAACAAACAUUGAACAGUCUCUGAAUUUUGCCAAGUAGGACAGUAAGAUGAAAUCAUGCAUUAAAAUAAAGUACAUUUUGUUUCUAAAUUAGGGUAUCAUUGAGUGAGAAUAAUCAAUAUCAAGAAAGAAGAUCUUUUUCAGUCAAACGUUAGUAUUCUCAUCAGCUUGGGGAGGCUUGAAGUUUGAAUAAACAGAAGAGACGCCAAAUAUAACAGAGUAUUUGUGCUCAGAGAAGUAAAAGGGCUUUGACUCUUUUAUGGUGGGAUGUUUUUUCUGGGUAUGUAAUCUAUUUUAUAAUUUUUUUAAAAAAAACUGGAAAGCGUUUUUGUCAGUGUGAAUGACAGCCAACAGUGCAGCCGCUUGGUGACAUUUUUCUUUAUUUUGCAAAAUGCAUUUAAAACCAAAGGCUGCUCUAGUUGAUAUAUGGACAGUAUCAGUCUUGAUAUAAAUUGUAGGACACUUUUUCAUGUAACAUAACAUUUGGGGGUUGGGUUUAUUUAGUGUAAUGAAAAUAAUUUGAUAUAAAAAUAUUUUGUAUAUAUAUAUAUUUUUACUUUGUUUUCUAAGUUGCUGUUUGCAGUAAGAGUAAGUGCAAAGCAAGAUAUGUAAGUUAUGACUGUAUGAUCAGAUGAAGUAUGAGUUCUUUUGGUUUAUAAGAUCCUUAAAUAGUUAUUGAUCCAUGAUAAAAACUUUGGAAUCUUUAUAGAACAAUUUUGCCAAAAUGUAAUCAUGUCAGUGAAAACUAAGGACAAGUACUUCACUCUUUUUCAUACUAUUAUAAGUUAUUCUGGUAUUAAAUAUUUUAAUAAAAUUGUUUUUGUUUUUACAUAUUUCAGUUAGAUAAA